AAACUAUACGCAUAUGUGAAGAAUCCAUUCUGCGUAUGAAGCUGUUCUAACGUGAUCUUUAAUCAUAGUCUCGUGUAUCUCGUUGUAAUCGUAGCUUUCAAAGUAUUCAUUAUCGACAAAGUUGUCAUUAAGGAGGUUGUUAUUGAUGAAAGUAGCUGAUUGAUUGAGUUGCUGCUGUAAUUUUGUGAUUCUCUCCUCUGUGUUAUCUACAGGCUUCUCAUCGUCACUCCAGUCAUCUUGGUUGUCGAGUUGGAAAAGUAAAGGAUCAGCUUCUAUGACUGGAAUCAAGUAUUCGUCGUUCUUGAAAAAUUCGUCAGUUGGUUUGACUGAUGAAACUGCAUCCUUUCCAUUCUUUCUAAUAAAGUUAAUGAGUCUAAUCUGAUUAUAAUAAUCUAAAUCCAAUUUCUUAAUCAAUUCAAGUAAAUCUAAACCAUUUUGCUUAUCAAAUUCUAAUGCAGCCGCUGGUGUAUCAAAUUCUUUGUUAAGAGUCAGUCCAAUUGUUUUCUUACUCUCUACAUCAUCUGAUAGCCAUCCCUCAUAAUCCUCUUCAACGCUAGAUUCACUCGAUGAAGACAUAGACGCUCUUGAUUGUUGACAGUCAAGAUGUCUUUCGGAUUGCCUUAUGAAUUUGUAAACGAUAAGGAAAUUGUUGAUUUAAUUGGCAAGCCUUCAGAGUUAUUAGUCGUUGAUGUUCGUGAUGAAGAUUUCCUCGGUGGUAACAUUAAAGGCGCUAAGAACGUACCUUCUAGGAGUUUCCUAGAUGGAGUGCACAAUCUCGUUAAGGAAAGCGAAGAAAUCCCAAAGGUUGUCUUCCAUUGCGCAUUAUCACAAGUUAGGGGUCCUAAGUCAGCCAGGAUUUAUGCAGAGACAAGGAAAAAUUUACUUCCUGAUGCAAAACCACAAGAGAUAUACGUCUUAAGAGGUGGUUUCACUCAAUUUCAAGCAAAAUAUGGAGAUCAAAGCGCUUUGGUUGAGAAUUAUAGGAAAGAGUUAUGGGAAUGUUAAUAUAUUCUAUGAAAAAUAUCGCUUAGGAUUAUACCAACUGUAUUGUACUCGCUCUUCUUGCUCUUUACGUUCUUUGAAUUGUCUUCUCGCUUCGUCAUUCUUACGUUUGAGGUUUGAAAUGUGAUGAUCAGAGUAUUUCUCAGUAAUUUGACGCAUUUUAUCCAUUUCCUCAGUUCUUCUACUACGACAGUGUUGCCAGGUUCCAACCAUUACGACCAUAGCGCUAGCGAAUGUCCAAUUCCAACUGCUUUUUAUCCGCCUGGUUGAUAUGAAAUGUAUAGCACCAAAUGCCAUACCACCACCUAUACCGUAUAACAGUGCGUUCCGCAUACAAGGUACAUUCUCUAUUCUAUUAACAUCAUCUAAGGAUAUCAUCUCGAAGGCUUUCUUAUAUUUAUCAUAACUCUGUCCUGGAGGUGGUGUAUUAUCUAUUUUCACCGUUUCUGGUGCAUCACUCAUACUUUUACUUCUUCACU